AUGACGCUUAUCAGGACCCUCACCAACAAGACCCUCAAGGGUCACAAGGCUGUCAUCUUUACGACUGUGCCGGCGCCCCAAUCGCAGCUCGAUCGCAUCCAGGAGCAGUUUCCUGAUCUCAAGAUUAUAACGCGUCUUCAGCCAUGGGGUGCUCCUCUUGACCCGGAUUUCAAGGAGGAGGAGUGGAAGGAUACGACUGUGCUGCUGACUGCCACCAUUCUUCCCACCAGAGAGCAGGCGCCUCAUCUUCAAUAUGUUCAGUUGACCAGUGCGGGCGCGAACCACAUUGUUGAUAGGCCCCUGUUCUCGGGGACGAAUAUCCCAUUUUCCACUGCCAAUGGAGUCCAUGGGUAUGAAAAUCUCAAUUUUAAGGACUACUGGAAACUCCAGGAGGAGGCCAGGUGGGAGAGACUCCACCAGAACCCCGAAGAUGCCGAAGACACUGUCGGCAAGCGGAUAGGAAUCCUGGGCUACGGCAGUAUUGGCCGUCAAACUGCCCGCGUGGCCAAGGCCCUGGGCUUGGACGUCCACGCUUACACCCUUCACCCCCGUCCAACCCCCGAGUCGCGCAGGGACGACUCGUACUCACCUGAAGGACUUGGUGACCCCGAGGGCGCGUUCCCCAGCAAAUGGUUCUCUGGCGGUUCAAAGGAAGAUAUCCACGCCUUCCUAGGCUCUGACCUUGACAUCCUCGUCAUCGCCACCCCCCUCACAGAAAAGACAAAGAACCUCAUCGCUAAGCCCGAGUUCCAAGUCCUUAGCAAGAAGAGAACCUUUGUCACCAACAUUGCACGUGGACCCAUCGUCAACACAGACGACUUGAUCGAGGCACUCAACACGGGUGUUAUUCGGGGUGCUGCGUUGGAUGUCACGGACCCCGAGCCUUUGCCUGAUGGCCACCCUCUCUGGAGCGCCAAGAACAUCACGAUUACUCCUCACAUCAGUGCUGCGUCUGCGGCGUAUUACUACAGACUUUUGGAUAUUUUCAGGUUGAAUCUUGAGAGGUUGAGUCAAGGGCGGGAAGACCUGAUCAACAAGGUCAACCGCAAAGAGGGAUACUAA